AUGCCAUAUACCUGUCAAUCCUGCAUCAAGAGGAAAGUCAAAUGCGAUCGUGCUAUUCCCACAUGUUCCAGCUGCAGCAAAGGCAACGUCGAAUGCAUCUACCAGGAACCGACACCCCGAACGCGGAAGCGAAAGCGCAGGCCCAGUGAGACUUCGAAUGACCGUCUGGCACGCUACGAAAAGAUACUACAAGAUAAUGGCCUGCUGUCCGCAGAAGUGGAAUCCUCGCCUCGGAGUGUGCAAGAACCAAACCCCUUUCGGGACUCAAUUCACGACACAACAAAAACAGGGAAGCUGAUAUCCGGCGAAGGAAAAUCGAGAUAUGUUGACAGUAGUCUCUGGCUCAACUCUGGAGAGACCAACAUGAGGGAAAUUUCGGAAGAUGAGGAGAAUUGCCAAUCCGCCCCUACGGACAAUGGCCCGUUGUCUCAAGAUCCGAUCUCGGGCGCACUUCUAGGCGUUUCACAGGAAUUGGGUCACUACCAUCCUACUCAUCAAGAUGCCAUGAAACUGUGGGAGGCCUAUAUUAACAAUGUGGAGCCACUCUGCAAAGUUUUACACAUACCAACAACGGGGAAGAUGAUUGAAGCCGCACAGGAGUGUCUGCUCUUCUCCAUUUAUCACUUUGCAGUUUUCUCGAUGACUGACGAGGACUGUGUAUAUAACUUUGGCCAGUCCCGGAGUACCCUGCUGGCUAGAUAUCAGUUUGCACUGCGACAAUCCCUCGUCAACGCCUCUUGGCUAAAGACCACAGAAAUGCCGGUCAUGCAGGCAUAUGUACUCUUCCUUAUCGCUAUGCGCACGCAAAUAGACCCUCACACCUUCUGGAUAUGGACUGGGGUUGCGAUUCGAAUCGCGCAGCGCAUGGGGCUUCAUCGCGACGGUGAAGCCCUCGGACUGUCUGCCUUUGAGGUGCAAAUGCGUCGACGUCUCUUCUGGCAGCUUCUACCGCUUGACGGUUAUGCCGGUCAGGUGUCAGGCACCGGUAUCUCUGUCGCCCCUGACAGCUGGGACACUAAGCAACCCCUCAAUAUCAACGAUGAUCUGAUUUAUCCCGGAAUGUCACAUCAACCUGAAGAACAGAAAGGAGCGUCCGAAAUGAUAUUCUGUCUCACCAAGACCGAACUAUCGAACUUCUACACCCGCACCGGAGUCCAGAAAAAGAAAGUUGGGGCGACAAUCCAGUUUCGUGACAGCGCCGAGAUUGAAAGACUGAUCGAUGAGGUCGAGAGUACGAUCGAGUCCAAGUACCUCCGCUACUGCGACAUUGUCAAUCCCCUCCAUGUCCUCACAAUGGGAAUAGUAAGAUCCGCUGCAAAUGCCGUCCGACUGCGGAACCGAAUGACCACUGGCGAUAAUGAACGCAGAGAGCUCUGUACUCUUGCCCAAAAAAUCAUCGACACUGAUAACGCGCUUUACAGAAACCCUAAUACAAGACAAUUCCAGUGGUACCACAAGGCCUUCUUUUUGUGGGAUGCGCUGCUUUGCAUAUUGACUAGCCUAGGGAAGACCGCGUUCUUUUCCCGUGCAGAGUCGGAUACCACCUGGCGGAAAGUUUCCGAGGUGUAUGUCAACCACCCGGAAAUCCUAGAAGCCAAGCAUGUACAUCUCGUCGCAGUGAGCAAGGCGACACUUGAGGCUUGGUUUUCGAAUCCACCUAGUGAUUCUAGCCCCCAACCUGGUUUCAUUACGGCGCUGCAGUCGCAGCGAAGGGGGAAGGUCGCCCGUCAUAAGGUAGAAAAUACUGCUGUCCAGGAAGACAUGUCUUCAUUUGACAUGCUUGUCGGAGGAUUCGAUGGCAUGGACCGGAAUCUGGACUAUGACUUUAACCUGGAUGGGGUAGACUGGAUGUUUUGGGAGCAAUUGUGAUCAACCGCGAAGCACCGUUUUAUUUUCUUCGAACGUCAGUUUCUUAGUGUCUCGGAAACUAUUCGUUGUAGAGACGACAAUCCAGCUCUAUGUUGUUUUAUUCGAGUACAACCGUGCAAAGGAAAACGCCCCUACAGAGCUUCAACCCAUCCCAGCACCACCAUUGAACCCACACGUUUGUAAUAGUCAGGUUCAAGGAACAGGUUCCUGACAAUCCCAUCCUUGUCCACCAGCAAUGUCGCAGGGAUCGGGACUUCGACCGAAUCAUCUCCAUUUCGUUCCUACAGGUCGUGUCCCAGAGCCUCGUAUACUGGUCUGUGGCUGGAUGUGCUUCCACACAAUCCCGAGCUGGCGAGCAAACUCAUUGUCAUGAUCCGUCAAAACAGGGAACUCGAGCUCGUGUUUCUGCGUCAUGGUCCAGGUGUUGUUCGGAAGCUCGGGAGUGAUUG